AUGAAGGAAGAAUUUAUAGAUCACUUUUGCCCACCAUCCAAAAUAGCCAAACUCAAGAAGGCCAUUGCAAACUUUGAACAGCAAGCUGGAGAAUCUUUAUAUGAAGCAUGGGAGAGGUACAAAAGUCUGCUACGAAAUUGCCCACACCAUGAUCUAAACAACCAGCAAGAAGUUUCCAUCUUUUAUGAUGGAGUCAAUGUCACAACCCGACAGUUGCUAGACUCACAAGGCCCACUUACAAAGAAGCCACCCCCGGUGAUUAAAGAAUUGAUUGAAGAAUUCUCUAAACACUCUAGAGAAUACUACAACCCUAGGAAUGAUGUCACGAGGGGAGCCGCGUACGCUGCUACUGAAGAUUUAUCCGUGGUCAUGGCCAUGUUAAAAACCAUGGAUAGGAGAAUGGACAAAAUGGAUCAAACUAUUCAUGCCAUACGGGUGGGUUGUGAAAACUGCAAUGGACCUCACCUCACUAGAGAUUGCGAUUUGGAUGAGAACGGCAACAAAAAGGAACAAGUAUGUUAUUCGAGUGGUGACCGGUAUGAUGAAGACUGGCGCAAACAAAAGAAGGAUUGGCUGCCUUACGAAGAGUAUAAGAAGGCCAAGGAAGAGAAGUACAGACAAAAAGGAAGAGGCUUUUACCAAAAGGAGGAGUCGGUGCAAGAAAGGAAGCCAAGCUUGGAAGAUAUGCUAACUAAAUUUGUGGCCGCUUCCGAGAAAAGACAUAGUGACCAUGAUGCUGCUAUCCAAGAAACAAGAACAAUGCUCAGGAACCAGCAAGCAUCCAUCCACAACAUAGAAAAGCAGCUUGGGCAACUUGCUCAACAACUAAACCAAAGGUCACCGGGUGAGCUUCCUAGCAAAACCGAGAACAACCCACGAGGCGCACAAGUAAAUAUUGUUACCACAAGAAGUGGAAAGAUCAUUACUCCCCUGGCCCCCAUUCGAACUGAAGCAACCAAGGACUCAUAG